AUGGCAUCAGCAGAAGAACUAAAAGACCAAGGUAAUAAAGCAUUUGCACUGAAGGAAUAUAAAAAGGCAGCUAAAAUAUAUAGAGAUGCUAUACAAAUAGACACAUACAAUCCAAUAUUAUAUUCAAACCGAGCACAAUGUUUUCUUCAUUUACAAGAUUAUGAUCGUGCUUACAAAGAUUGUGUGAGUGGUAUAAAUUUGAUCAAUAGUAGCAACCACAAUAAGGGGAGUACUGCAGUAUUGGUGAAAUUACAAUAUCGGAAAGGUAUGGCUUUAAAAGGUCUACAGAAAUGGAAUAGUGCAAAAGAAGCCUUUGAAAAAGUAUUACAAUUAGAUCCUUCAAACCAAGCUGCCAAGACAGAACUAAAUAAAUUACCAAUUGAAGAUAAAAUGGAUGUUGAUAUUAAGAUCCCAAUUGAAAAAGUUGAAAAAUUACCUGAAAAGUUUUCAAAGAUGAUACAGUCACCUCCUUCAAUUGAAAAAAAGCCUGUCAAGGAACCAGAAGUGACAGCAGCAGCAACUAAAGAAAUUGAAGAUUUGUUUGGUUCUUCCAAGAAACCAGAAAUUACCAAAAUAUCAGAAGUAAGACAUAAGCCACACAGUAGCAUUAAAGACAAUUCAGAUUCUACACCUCCUGUAAUGCUUCUGCCAAUGCAUUUCCUUACCACACUCAAACAACUACCAGAGGAACAAAAAUUAAACGGGUACAAGUACAUUUUAAACAUUGAUAAUCAAUCUUAUGCAGAUAUAUUUAGUUCAGGAAUUGACACUGAAUUUUUACAAUUCUACUUAGAUGCAGCUAGUUAUGUUUCAACUAAUGACUCAUUACCCAAUUGGAACCAAGUUGUUUUGAAUCAUUUAAAACAAUUUAGCACUUUUAAAAGAUUCGACCUUUCCUUGCUAAUGUGCGACGAUAAGUCAAAGAAAGCCAUUUUGCAAAAUAUAAAAGACAAAUUCCCGAAAGACUUAUCAGAAUUCCAAAAAUACAUAUCCUAG